CAGCAAUGCCUGUUCUGGAUGGAAAACAUUUUAAGAUUUAUGUCAAAGAAAAUGAUGAGUUUUGGCAUUAUAAUGGAGCAGGUAGAAACCGUAUAGUUUCUUCACUAGCUCAACCAGAUGAUGCAUUUGUGAGGUUUCUCUUCAUGAAGCAAGAAGACGACGGAUCUUAUAAAAUAGAGUCUGUUGCCAGACCGACUGUUUAUAUGUACGACGGUUACAAUGUUUCGGGGUCGCCGUUCCAAACUUUACACGGUAGGCAAAACAUCGAUGACAACAACAUGCGCUACUUAGUAACCAUGGAAACAGUUGAUUAUUUCAGGAUACAGACCAAAUCAACAGGUCGUUAUGUUCGACUAGAUGAAGACCAACAUGUUACAUCAAAAUUAAAUAUUAUUGACGACAGGUCCUUGUUCAAAUUUGUUGAAGCAUAAAUCUUUUUGCAAUGAUUUGAGGAUAUUUAUGUUUGAUUAUAAGCGAUUCAUUUAGUGUGCAGUCCGUAAUGCAUUGUAUCUGAGCUCCGAUCAUAAUUGAACAUAAUAUUUUAUCGAACAAAUUUCUUUCAUUUUUCGUUACAUAUUUUAAUGCUAUUGAAAUGUGACUAGGGGACUAGAUAUAGA